AUGGUUGCUGCUGCUGCCAUAGGUGUAACCCGAGCAAGAAUGUCUGGUCCCAAGGGCGGCCGAGCGGCAGACGCAAAGAUUCAGAUCUUUGUGAAGACCCUGACUGGCAAGACCACCACUCUUGAGGUCGAGCCCAGUGACACCAUCGAGAAUGUGAAAGCCAAAAUCCAAGACAAGGAGGGCAUCCCUUCUGAACAGCAGUGUCUGAUAUUUGCGGGCAAACAACUAGAGGAUGGCUGUACACUCUCAGACUACAACAUCCUGAAAGAGUCCACCCUGCAUCUGGUGCUGCGUCUGCUUGGCGGCAUUAUCGAGCCUUCCUUGCUCCAGCUCACCCAGAAGUGUAACUGCGACAAGAUGAUCUGCCGCGAGUGUUGUCCUCACCUGCAUCACCGUGCUGUCAACUGCCGCAGCUGCACACCAACAACCUCCCUCUUCACUGGCUCCCUUGUCUCUUGCAGGUGGCCUUCUUCCCAGCCCCAAGACCCUGGGCCCUCAAUAAAGUCUCUUUCACUGAACUGA